AUGGCCAACAACCCGGCGCAAGAUGUCGCACAGGCUCGCAGCGAUGGCAAAGUGCAUCUGCUACUGGCCGCAUCUGGAUCUGUAGCGACAAUCAAAAUUCCCAACAUCAUCAGGGGCCUGUCACGGCAUCCUAACCUGUCCAUCCGACUCGUGCUCACCAGCUCUGCCGCUCAUUUCCUCCAAGGCCAGGCCGACGAGCAGCCCAGUCUCGCAGAUAUUCGCAGCUAUCCCAAUGUCGACGCAAUAUAUACGGAUGAGUCUGAAUGGGUACAGCCGUGGACUCGAGGUGCUCCAAUUCUGCACAUUGAACUCAGAAAGUCGCUAACAUUGGUUCUCAUCGCGCCGCUCAGUGCAAAUACCCUUGCGAAAAUGGUGCACGGCAUCACCGACUCACUCCUUUCGUCAACCAUCCUCGCCUGGGACACCGACGGUUUCGUAGACGGCAAGAAGAAGAAGAUUCUCGUCGCCACAGCCAUGAACACGGCAAUGUUUCGAAAUCCCAUCACGCAGCGCAAUCUGAAGCUUCUCAACGAGCUCAUGGGCGGUGCUGACGGAUGGGUUGAAGAGCUGCAGACCAUCUCAAAGGGGCUUGCCUGUGGCGAUGUUGGCCAGGGAGCGAUGGCAACGUGGGAGACGAUUGUGGCCGCGAUCGAGGACAAGCUUGGGUUGGCAGCAAAGGACAGCGGAGACGAUGAGUAA